AUGGAUGCGGGAUCUCGUCUCCAGCUGGAGGCGAUGGUCGCUGACCUGGUCGAAGUCUGGCACAUUCAUCGCACGACGAUAAUCCUGGCUUCUCUGUUUCUCCUUGCUGGUCUGCGCAUAUUCCUCCAUACGACGGAGAAGAGAGAGCCUCUCGCUGCACUUCCAAAGAUCUACAACCAGGAACAGCCCAAGGCAAGCGAAAAGCCGAUUGUGAAAGCGCAACCCGCCGUCGACACCGAGAAAAAGUCUACUGGCCCUCGACGUAUCAAAGGAGGCUUGACAAGGAAAUCUUCGCAAGAGGGAAAGCCGGCGACGAACGAAUCCACGGACAGACCUGCAAAGGUGCUGGUCUUCUUCUCUUCUGUUACUACAAAGACUGAAAAGAUUGCCCGCGAUUAUAUCAAUGCGCUCGAGACAUUCGUGGACCAGAAAGCAAAGGAAACAGACGGCAAAUUCUUGAAGCCAGAGUUGCUCGACUUGACCGAAAUUGACUUUGAGGAUUACUUUGUCAGCCCUCCCAAGUCCGCUGAAGGCGUCGCAUAUUUCUACCUGUUCCUCAUUCCGAGCUACAACAUCGACACCAUCAACGAUACCUUCCUGCAGCAUCUGCAGGAAACCCAUCAUGAUUUCAGAAUCGAUACCGCUCCUCUGUCUUCCCUGAUUGGAUAUUCUGUAUUCGGCUUCGGUGACAAGGAGGGAUGGCCCAAUGAGGACGAGGGAUUCUGCUUCCAAGCCAAAGACCUAGACAAAUGGAUGUCCAAGUUGACUGGUCGAAAACGAGCCUAUCCCGUAGGAAUGGGCGACAUGAAGAGUGAUCACGCGGAACGGUUUGCGGAAUGGACUUCAGGAGUCCAAGACGUCAUUGCUCAGGCCGCCCAAACCGGGUUCCUUGGCGAAGGAGUGCCCGGCAGUGGUGAUGCGGUGGAAAGUGAUGACGAGGAGGCCGAAGCCGAUGAUGGCGAAGUCGUUUUCGACGACGAGGAGCCUAGCGAGGGUAGAAAAUCCGACGACUCCCGACCAUUGGACGAUGUUGAAGAUCUUGGCAAGAUGAUUCGCACAAAAGACGGAAACGAAGGCACUCGGAAAGCACCCCUAGCCGUUGAUUUUACCACAUAUACUUCCGCCAACAAGAAGAAGGCUCAAGCACCAAUCAUCAAGGAAAUGGUGGCCAAGGAUUCACCGACUUAUACCGCUCUCACCAAACAAGGAUACUCCAUCGUAGGCUCCCACUCUGGUGUUAAGAUCUGUCGCUGGACCAAGUCUGCUCUGCGUGGACGAGGCAGCUGCUACAAGUACUCUCUUUACGGCAUCAACUCUCACCAGUGCAUGGAAACCACCCCUUCGCUCUCAUGCUCUAAUAAGUGUGUCUUCUGCUGGCGUCACGGAACGAACCCCGUCGGCACAACCUGGCGAUGGGUGGUUGAUCCCCCCGAUAUGAUUUUCGACGGUGUCAAGGAGAACCACUACAAGAAGAUCAAGAUGAUGCGCGGUGUACCCGGCGUCCGAGCAGAGCGAUACGCCGAGGCUCUGAGAAUCCGACACUGCGCUCUGUCUCUGGUUGGAGAGCCCAUUUUCUACCCUUACAUCAACGAAUUCCUCGCCAUGUUGCACAAUGAGCGCAUCUCAUCUUUCCUAGUCUGCAACGCGCAACACCCCGAUCAGCUCGCUGCUCUCAAGGCCGUCACGCAGCUAUACGUGUCCAUUGACGCCUCCAACAAAGACUCAUUGAAAAAGAUUGACAGGCCUCUCCACCGCGAUUUCUGGGAGAGGUUCCUCCGAUGCCUAGACAUCCUCCGCGAAAAGCGUUUCCGCCACCGCACAGUCUACCGCCUCACCCUCGUCAAGGGCUUCAAUGUAGAAGACGAAGUCGAAGGCUACGCCCAGCUCAUUGAGCGCGGCCUGCCUUGUUUCGUCGAGGUCAAGGGUGUGACGUACUGCGGCACGUCAACAUCCUCCAACGCCGGCCUCAGCAUGUCCAACGUGCCGUUCUACUGGGAAGUCUGCGAGUUUGUUAAGGCGUUGGACAAGCGGCUUGCGGAGAAGGGCCUCGGGUAUGGCAUUGCAGCCGAGCAUGCGCACAGCUGCUGCGUCCUGCUGGCGAGCAACCGUUUCAACGUCGAUGGCAAGUGGCACACACACAUCGACUAUCAAAAGUUCUUUGAGCUUCUUGAGGAGAGGGGUGCUGAUGGCGAUUGGACGCCUGAGGAUUACAUGGGCCCGCCGACUCCUGAGUGGGCGCUGUGGGGGAACGGAGGAUUCGAUCCUCGAGACGAGAGAGUGGACAGGAAGGGUCGCAAGAUGGAGGCCAUUGUUGCGCGUGAGGCGCCUGAGUAA